AUGCUUUCUUCAAAACUUAAACCAAAUACUUUUAUUCUUAAUUUAAUUAAAUUGAAUAAAUCAGCUUUUAAUAGAAAUUUUUCAUCGAUUAGAGAUACCAACCCUUCUCAUGAAUCUACUGAAACAUUAACAAAAGAACCAAAAUGGACAAAUAAUUCUAUACGAAUAGGUGCAAUUGCUAGAAAAAAAGGAAUGUCCGCAUUAUGGGAUGAGUGGGGUGUAAGACAUCCGGUGACAAUCUUACAGUUGGAACAAGUUCAAGUGGUACAAAUUAAAGAAAAUCAAAAAAGGAUUAGACCACCUUUGGUUGCAGUCCAAGUUGGUUGUUCUGAAGGAAAGAACCGAUUUAAAAAACCAUUAUUAGGUCAUUUUGAGAAUGCGGGAGUUAACCCAAAAGCGAAGUUGUUAGAAUUUCAUAUCACUCCCGAUGCUGUCGUACCCGUUGGAACAGAGAUAAAGGCAGCUCAUUUUGUACCAGGACAAUACGUGGAUGUAACAGCUCCAUCUAUUGGUAAAGGUUUUGCGGGUGUAAUGAAAAGAUGGAAUUUUAAAGGAUUGCCAGCUUCACAUGGUACUUCGUUGGCUCAUCGUUCUGCUGGUUCAACUGGUCAAAAUCAGGAUCCAGGAAGAGUUUUUAAAGGCAAAAAGAUGGCUGGUAGACUUGGAGGUCAAAGUGCGACAGUUUUAAAUUUGAAAGUUCUAAAGAUUGAUAAUUAUUUGAAUCUUAUUUAUAUCAAAGGUUCUGUUCCUGGCUUUGAUAAUCAAUUCGUAAGAAUAAGAGAUGCCAUAAAGAAACAUGGAAAAAAAUGUUUUCCGUCGGAUUGUAUUCCACCACCUUUUCCUACUAUAAAUCCCGAAAUUGUAAAGACCAUGCCAAGAGAAUUAAUGGCUAAAACUGGUGGGGUUGACCCCUUCAUACCCAAGGAAGUUUAA